AUCCAGAAUAUCAACCAAGCAAGGGGACAAUAAAGCAGCAUAUGACGGAACUUUACUUGGAUCAGUAGGGCUCUCGACAUUAUUGCUAUACAUGCCGAGCACCCGCAGGCAGCUAUUAGGUGGUCUGUGGCCUGUUCCUGAACGCUGGAAGAGCUUGUGGUAAGCGGGGAAUCAACAAGGAUAGGUACCUAUUCAAAGCUUGUGUUGCUCGAGGUCAAGUCCUUUUCCACUCACUUUCACUUUCACAUUUCCCCUUCCCUCAUCAACCUUUCCCCCACCAGCUAAAUAACCGUCCAACUUGUUGAACGCCCCGAAACCUUUCCCUAGCUCCAAUCCAUCUAAAAACUAGCAAACAUGAAGCUUCAGUCCCUCGCCCUCGCUGUUGCCGCUUGCCUGGGCUCUGCUGCAGCUCAGGGAAUGAGUGGCCUUCCGUCCUGUGCCCAAAGCUGCGCCACUGAUGCUAUUCCCUCGGCAUGCAGCCUGAUCGACGUCGAAUGUAUUUGCAAGACCAAGUCUUUUGUCGACGACAUGGCUUGCUGCGUCGGAAAGUCCUGCGAUUCCAAUGACCAGGAUGCGGCCCUUGAAUUCGCCAAUGGCAUUUGCGGUGGUGCCGGAAUCACCGAUCUUCCCCAGUCUGCCACUUGCGCUGGCGGCUCGACCGCUACCAGUACUGAAUCCACCCCCAGUGGAACUGCAACCACUAGCACUGCGAGUGAAGAUGCCUCCGAGACCUCAUCUUCAGCUUCUCAGUCCGCGACUCCCAGCUCGUCCGAGACCCCCGCUGAUCCCGAGGCAACUGAUGGUGCAGCACUUCUCCAGGGGAAAGGGGUCGGUGCACUUGCUGGUAUUGUCGCUGGUGUUGCAUUCAUGUUGUAGACCAAGAGCGGCCCGUCUGCAAAUGGUAGCUUCAUCAUGCUUCAUGUCGGAAUGAGAAACGGGCCCGGAAAGGACUGGAAUCGAACGAUGUAAUGCAGUUGUAUUUAUUAUGUUCUCCUUCUACUCAAAGUAAGGAGAAACACGACGCAAAUCUAAUGUGGAAAAUGCCAUUUUAAUGAUCAAACCAAAUAACUCCAUCCUGUGCAUGUGUUCCUUAGCCGCCUAGAAACCAGAAGAAAAUAAGUCGAGUCUAUUGAUCACGCUCUCGCUCCGCAAAC